ACGACAAUUUUGUGUUCCAUGAUCAUCUCACAAUUUGUGUUCUGUGCUCGACGUCACUUUGACCUAACCUAAAAUAAUGUUUACGUGAAUUUCACAAUGAUAAAAACCUGCGAAAUUUGCUCCAAGGAAGGUAAAUACAAAUGCCCGACGUGUCUGAUUCAUUAUUGUUCAGUCAACUGUUUCAAAACGCACAAAGAGAACAACAAAUGUGAAGUAGCCACCGUUUCAAAAAAAGUUGAUCAAGAUGGAGAUCAACCCAAGAAGGAAAAUCCAACCAGGAGAGAAGUAAAAAUCGACGAAACAGACUCCACAAUACCACAAUCUACUCUGGAAAUGCUGAAGACCAACAAAGAGGUGAAAGACCUCUUAGACAACCCCCAUUUGAGGAAUCUCCUAGUUACCAUAGACGAAUCUGAAAAUGCAGAGGAAAUAAUGCAAAAGGCAAUGCAAGAGCCCAUUUUUGUAGAAUUUGCAGAUGCUUGUUUGAAAGUUGUUGAACCAAAAGAAGAAAAUGGGGAUUUUUGAGAUAAGUCUAUACAUUAACUUUGUUUACCAAACUGUGUUCUUUUUUAUGUAAAUCAUAAAUCUACAAUUAUAAUGUUUUUUAGAA